AUGUGCCAGGGGAUGGAGAACGGGCUGACCACGCCAGUGAUGAAGAAGGAGGAGCGUGCGGGGAAGCGCAGCCAGUGCCGGCAGCUCUUCCGCUCGUCCUGGCUGCCCGGCAGUGUCCCCAGGCCCGUCCUGAAGCGGGGACAGCCCUCGCACAGGGGCACCCCUGUCAAGGCUAAGAAGCAGAAGAGGGUGUCUGGCAGUCCUGACCAGGAGGCGUCGGUGCAGUUGGGAGUGGGGCUGGAGCCUUCCAGAUCCGCCGAGCUUGAGGAGAUGGAGAAACUGGUGGCAGUGCUGACGGGGCACUUCAGCAGCUUCCUCGAGAGCAGCAUCGUGGUGGACUGCCGGUACCCCUACGAAUACGAGGGGGGCCACAUCACGGGUGCUGUCAACCUGCCGCUGCAGCGGGAUGUGGAGGAAUUCCUGCUGGAGCAGCCCAGUGUGGCGCUGGACAGCAGCAAGAGGGUGAUCGUCAUCUUCCACUGCGAGUUCUCUGUUGAAAGGGGCCCCAAAAUGUGCAAGUUCCUGCGGGAGAGGGAUCGGUCCUGCCACGAGUACCCGCAGCUGCAGUACCCUGAGCUCUACGUCUUGAACGGGGGGUACCGCGAGUUCUUCUUCCACCGUGCGUUGCAGAGCCACUGCGAGCCCCGGGACUAUCGGCCCAUGGCGCACCCGGCGUUCAAGGAGGAGCUGCGCAAAUUCCGCGGGCAGAGCCGGCGCGGCCGGCGGGAGCUCUUGGUCCGCGGGCGGGACCUUUGA